GAAAAGAUUUAAAAUGAUAAUGCUCAUUACUUCAAUUUCUGUUGUCCCAAAAUAAUCAAUGAUGCCUGGAUUUGGAAAUCUCCCUGUAGAAGAAGCAGUAAGAGGGUUGCUUAAAGCUGUUGAAGAUGCAAAAGAGGAAAUAAAUACGUACGGUACAAUCUUUGAACGGAUGGAAUCAACGCUAAAAUCUAUAAUUCGCAUUACUGAGCGCAUAGAGGGUUUUGAUGGAGUGUUUGGUGAUUCAGCAGAAGAAGCAGUAAGACUUAUAGUAGAUAUAAAGAAUGGCAAAGUACUCGUCCGCCAUUGUUCUUCAGUACGUAGAAGAUUGUGUCCGUGCUGCUUCAAAGCGCCGGAUUGCAGGGAAGAUCUAACGCAAUUGUUAAAUUCCGUCGAAAGGUUGUUUUCUCUCAUACAAGCGCGCGAAACAAGUAAUGCACUCAACAUUACCGAAGAAAUGACAAUUCCAAAAUUCACCGAUGGGGACAUUCAUCGGAAAGAGAAAGUUAAAGAAAUAGUGUUUUCUCGCAUGUCUAAUAAAGUACCGGAGCUUGUUGUCGGAUUGGAUGCAUCACCAUUGAUGGAAAUAAAGGAGAAGUUGUUUGAGGAUCAUCAGUCAGUUAUUGUAUUGUCUGCUCCUGGUGGAUAUGGAAAGACAACAUUAGCAAAAAUCAUUUGUCAAGAUGAGGAAGUAAAGGGAAAAUUCCAUGACAAUAUCUUAUUUGUCAUUGUCUCAAAAGUCACCAGCUUAAAGGCUAUUAUAAAGCAAAUAUAUGAGCAAAAGGGUUACGAAAUGCCACAGUUGAAGACUAAUGAAGAUGCAAUAAAAGGAUUGGAGCAAUUCUUGAAGGAAAUUGGACCAAAGCCUAUACUGUUGGUGCUGGAUGAUGUUUGGUCUGGAUCGGAAGCCCUCCUUGAGAAUCUCAAUUUUCAAAUUGAUAAUUACAAAAUUUUUGUAACAUCAAGAUUUGAGUUUCCAAAAUUAGGUUCUACAUAUAAAUUGCAGACUCUGAAUGCAAUAGAUGCUAUGAAACUUUUUCGUUACUCAGCAUUCCAGUGUAUAAAUGAGAAUGAGAAAUCUUUUAUGCAAAAUGCAGAUCUUGAAAAUGCGGCAGUGACAGCCUGCAAGGGAGUUCCACUAGCCCUUACAAUAGUUGGCAAAUCAUUCAGUGGACAACCUGGAGCAGUCUGGCAAAAGAGAGUGAGGGUAUGGUCUGAAUCCAGUUCAGGUUCUAGCCAAAAUCCUGAUAUGACUUCUUGUGUUGUUAAAAGAAGCUUGGAAGCGUUGGAUAAUGAAGUGAAGGACUGUUAUAUGGACCUAGGUUCUUUCCCUGAAGGCCAGUUGAUUCCUGUCACUGCCCUCAUUGAUAUUUGGGUGGAAUUGUAUGAAUUACACGAUGAAGAUGGGGAGAAUUCCAUUUCCAAGCUCCGCAGACUAACCGCACUAGAUCUCAUUAAUCUUGUAACAAGGAAAGAUGCAAAUGAAGGUGAUGGCACAUAUAGUGACCACUUUAUCAUGCAACAUGAUCUGCUAAGAGACCUAGUGAUUGAUCUGAGUAAAUUGCAGCCUAUGGAACUCAGGAAAAGACUGAUUGUGGAAAUUAAUGGAAAUAAAUUUCCUGAGUGGUGGACUGAACAAGUACAGCAACCUAUAAGUGCCCGUCUCUUGUCUAUCUCCACAGAUGAAUCAUUCUUGUCAAAUUGGUCCAGUGUGCACGCACCAGAAACCAAGGUUCUAAUUCUGAAUUUUUAUGGCAACAGUUACACAUUACCAGAUUUCUUGGAGAAUACAGAUAAGCUAAGAGCUUUAAUAGUUACAAAUUAUAGUUUAUUGUCUGCAGAAAUAAGAAAUUUCCAAAUUCUUAGUUCUUUAUCCAAGCUAAAGAGGAUUAGACUAGAAAAGGUUUCAGUAUCCUCUCUGAGCUUGGGCUCUGUAUUAUUAAAGAAUUUACAAAAAAUGACACUGGUGAGUUGUGAUAUUAGCAAUAGCAUCAUCAAUAUUGCAGACACAAUGCCCAGACUAGCAGAAAUCAACAUUGAUUAUUGCAAAGAAGAUUUGGUGACAUUUCUCGUUGGAUUCUGUGGUGCUGUCCAUCUAAAGAAAUUAACCAUCACUGGUUGCAACGGAUUGACUGUGCUGCCUAAAGAAAUUGCAGCACUGGUGAAUUUGGAAGUGUUGAGGCUUCGUUCCUGUAGCAAUUUGCGAGAGUUGCCUGAGACAAUUGGGAAUCUCCGGAAGUUGAGCAUUCUUGACAUUUCAUACUGUUCACGUAUCAGGAAAUUACCAGAACAGAUUGGUGAAUUGGUUGAGUUAAGGAAAAUGCACAUCUCAGGAUGCUCAUUUCUGAAGUUGCCAAACUCAAUCAGGAAUCUUGAGCAGUUGAAAUCUGUGAAAUGUGACCCGCAAACAUCUGGACUGUUUAAGUAUCAUCUCCCAGACCUGAUAAUAAAGUACUAAUAGAUGGCGUUGGUUUUUUUCUUACACUGGGAAGUGCAAUUUGUAGUUUUAUGACUAAUUCUAUGAUUAUUUUGUUAUUUCAAUAUUUAAAAUUCCAUGUACCAUGCAUUUCGUUAUACAGUUAGAUGCAUUUUUAAUUUUACACCAUUUGAAUGGUUUAUUUUCUUGUGUUGGAGACUCUCUCCUUUAACCAUAUGUAAUUUAUCAUCUCCUU